AUGCAAGUACCUGAUACUCAAGCCGAUGUCAUUGCUGAUAAAAUGGUGGACAACAAUCAAUGUUCAUCCAAUAUCAAAGCUAACCAUGCAAAUCAUCAGAAUGAAUUGAUGUGCAUUGAAAACCAAACUACACAUCCUAAAGAAUAUUCCAUCAUACACAUUGAUAAUGAUGCUUCGAUAAAAAAUAUAAAAAUUGCUUUUUUUCUAGGAACUUUAUUUUGGCUUGAAUGUCGACACUUAGGGAAACAUAAGAAAUCACCACCAUAUUUUAUAUUUCCGAAUUUCAUACGUAAUGCACAAGAACAUAUAUAUACAUUAAUAUCGCUAUAUCAUGGCAAAUCUGUAUAUUUUGGAGGUGAUUAUACAUUUUCUCGAGCCGUUGUAACCACUUAUUCUGGAAGCGUUUAA